UGCAAGGUGGAUGUUGUUGUCUUUGUUAUAUGGGAACUUGUUAUUUUAGCUUUCCUGGUUUUCUCAGCCGUUUCUUUAUACUUUAGGCAUAUGCAACUUGCCUUUAUUCUAUUAUGCAUCACAAUGCUAUUCCUUCUCUGCAUGAAAAUCACAAUGCAAGUGAGAUUGGCUAGGAAAAAGAAGAGACGCAUGCUCCUUCCAUUAUCUAUGUAGAACUGAAGCUUGAAUUAGCUUAAAAAGGACUAACUUUGUUAUGUAAAUUCGAGACUUAUUGACCAUUGCAUUUGGCCUGCUUGCUCCGGUCUACUGAAAUAUG